AUGGUCGUUUAUUCCUUUUACAUAUUCGAUAGGCAUACCGAAUGCAUCUAUUCCAAACUCUGGCACCGCAAUAAUGACCGACCCCUCUCCACCACCGGCGCAACUGCGCGACCCAUUUCCGGCUCCAGCAACUCCAGCGCCGUACCUCCUCUCAAUGUUCCAGAACUUGCCGUGCCGAAGAGUCGCCCCGGGAAGUUGAGCGCGCAAGACGAUGCGAAAUUGAUAUUUGGAACUAUAUUCUCGCUGCGGAAUAUGGUGAGAAAGUUAGGAGGACCGGAUGAUAGCUUCAUAUCGUUUCGAACGGCUCAGUAUAAGUUACAUUACUAUGAGACGCCAACGAAUAUCAAGUUCGUGAUGCUUACCGACACACAAACUCCAACUAUGAGGCAGGUGCUACAUCAGAUAUAUGUCAAUCUUUAUGUGGAAUUUGUUGUCAAGAACCCGCUGUCUCCCGUCGAGCACCCUGGAGGCGAAGGAGUUGCAAACGAGCUCUUCGAGCUGGCCCUUGACCAAUUCGUUAAAGGCGUUCUUUGA